AUGAAUUUUGAUUUGGGUUCAACUGUACGAGGAAAUGACUCAGAUAAAGCUGCAUCUUCACAAUCAAAAGGCGUUACCUCAUCUCAGAAAGAGCAGUAUAGUCAGUUGAAUCAAAGAAAGAUAGCUUACGAAGAACGACUACUAAAUGAAUUGGAAGAUAUGGACGAUCCUCUGGAUUUGUUUCUGGACUAUAUGAUAUGGAUCAAUACAAACUUUAUUGAAGUUGAUUCAACAUCAGGUCAAGAAGUUCUUCGAAAUACAAUGGAAAGAUGUUUGGUUUAUAUACAGGAUUUGGAAACCUACAAGAACGAUCCCAGGUUUUUAAAAGUUUGGAUCUGGUACGUCAAUUUGUUCCUGAGCAGUAACUUUCGCGAAUCUGAAAAUACAUUUACGUAUAUGUUUAAGAAAGGAAUCGGAAUUAAGCUCUCGCUGUUUUAUGAAGAGUUUUCUAAGCUAUUACUUAAUGCUGAAUUUUUUCUAGAAGCUAAAAUAAUGUUAGAACUGGGCACUGAAAACAAUUGCCGGCCUUAUAGUAGAUUAUUAAGGUCACUAAGCCACUAUGAAGACAGACUCCGAGAAAUGAAUAUUUUUGAAAACGAACACAGCAUAUCAGAUUCAAGAAAAAGACUGAUAGAAAGAAUAGACUAUGGACCGGUGCCAUUUUUCAUUCGCAAAUUUUCAACUUCAUCAUUGAUGGCUGAUGAUAAGGAGAACCAGGUCCAACCCCAAUUGCUGUCUAAUAUAGAUGUCCGUAAGCGUGCUCCCAGUAUACACCAAGACUCUGUUACCGCUCCUGGUUUUAAAGCUGAAAUCGGAAAGCAUGAAUAUCAUGAAAUAGUCGACAGUAAUUACUUGGCCGGCCAACAUUUAGAAAAUGAGAAUAAGAGAAUACCUAUAUAUCCGGAUGCAAAGCAAUCUAGUGAUCCAAUCUACAAACUGAUUAAUACUCCUGGAAGGAAACCCGAGAAAAUAGUUUAUAACUUUAACCUCAUAUACCCCAAGAACAACGAAGAAUUUAACAUUGAAGAAAUACUGGCCAAAUCAAGAGGUUCUUAUAAGAUGAAGCCCAAAUUCACUACUCAAGGUGCGAGGAAUGCUGAAAAUUGUUUCGAUAAUGCUGCCGGUGAUAAAACUAACAAGAAGCGGAAACUGGAAGUGCUGAAAGAGAAGCAACAGCAAUUACCACCAUCCCAGCCACCUACUGUACCGAAAGCCACACAGAUUGAAAUUUUCAGGGAUGACCCUGGUUCUAAUCAAGGUACGCAAAAUAAUAAUAAACAAGUACUAGUGCAAACCACAACUUCCAUUUUACCUCUAAAGUCCGUGUCUGAUGGAAAUUUCGCACAUGACACACCAAGUAAGACUUUCUUAGGCGCCCAUGGUUCACGUUCGCCGACCGUAACCGCCUUUUCAAAAGACGCCAUGAACGAGGUAUUUUCCAUGUUCAAUCAACACUAUUCUACCCCAGGUGCAUUAUUAGAUGGUGAUGAUACCACAACAAGUAAAUUCAAUGUUUUCGAAAACUUUACCCAAGAAUUUACAGCCAAGAAUAUUGAGGAUUUGACUGAAAUAAAGGUUCCCGAAGAAGAGCCGACGUCACAGAAACUAUCGCCAAAUAUUGGAACUCCUGACAAUUCUGGAAGAGUACAAGUCAGCACGACACACGCAGAAAGAGGGGACUAUAUGACGCCCAUAAAGGAAACGACUGAAAUAAAUGCGCUACCUCUAAACCAGACAACUGUUGAACAAAAGAACACAGAAGAUUGGAAAUUGAGAGAUAAUACGGAAACACAAGGUGAGUUGACAAACACAACCGUCCAGAGCUCCCCAUUUCUCACACAGCCUGAGCUACAAGAGAACAAGCUUCCUCGAACCGAAAGUAACCAUAAUUAUUACUCAAACAACGGUUCUCCUCCUAUGGGAGCAAAAAUCUAUCCUCCCCCUAUUAUUGAGAAUCCUCUUAGCAAUAUUUUGAGAGCGAAGAUUCUAUCUGAAAUUUCACCUCCUCUAUCUCAAUACAACACUUUUUACAGCUACAAUCAGGAAUUAAAAAUGAGUUCUUUACUGAAAAAAAUUCAUAGGGUUUCUCGUAAUGAGAACAAGAACCCCAUUGUCGAUUUCAAAAAAACAGGGGACUUAUACUGUAUACGUGGAGAGUUAGGUGAAGGAGGCUAUGCCACUGUCUACCUAGCAGAAUCUAGUCAAGGACACUUACGAGCAUUAAAAGUAGAAAAACCAGCAAGUGUAUGGGAAUAUUACAUAAUGAGCCAAGUGGAAUUUAGGCUGAGAAAAAGUUUCAUUUUAAAGUCGAUAAUCAAUGCCAGUGCUUUACACCUGUUCCUCGAUGAAAGUUACCUUGUUUUAAACUAUGCCAGCCAAGGUACAGUUUUAGAUUUGAUCAAUUUGCAACGAGAAAAGGCAAUGGAUGGAAAUGGAAUAAUGGAUGAAUAUUUGUGUAUGUUUAUCACUGUUGAACUAAUGAAAGUGAUCGAGAAGAUACACGAAGUAGGGAUAAUACAUGGUGACCUAAAACCAGAUAAUUGCAUGGUCAGGUUAGAAAAGCGUGGCGAACCCUUAGGGGCUCAUUACAUGCGUAAUGGGAAAGAUGGAUGGGAAAACAAAGGAAUUUAUUUAAUUGAUUUUGGUAGAUCAUUCGACAUGUCCUUAUUACCGCCUGGAACUAAAUUCAAGACAAAUUGGCAAGCUGAUCAGCAAGACUGUUGGGAAAUGCGAACAGGUAAACCGUGGAGUUACGAAGCUGAUUAUUACGGAUUAGCUGGUGUCAUACAUUCGAUGCUUUUCGGAAAGUUCAUAGAAACGAUUCAACUUCAAAAUGGAACAUGCAAACUAAAAAAUCCACUCAAAAGGUACUGGAAAAAGGAAAUAUGGGGUGUUGUUUUUGAUUUAUUGUUAAACAGUGGUAGAGUUUCCAACCAAACUUUACCAAUGACUGAAAAGAUUGUUGAGAUAAGAAAUCUGAUAGAAGGCCAUCUGGAACAGUACGCAAAAGAUCACUUAAGAAAUGUUAUACUCCAUGUCGAAGAUGAACUAUCGCAUUUACAAUAUAAGGGGAAACCCUCAAGAAGGCUCUAA